CGGGAAAUUUUUUGAUCAACAAUACGCGGUCUUCAGUCCAGUGUUUAUUCUAUAUUAUUCUACAGAACAUCGACGGUUUUAAUAGAAUUAAAAUGCAUCAUAUGUAAAGAGAAACUCACGCGUCCAGUGAUACGGAAGGUGUAAUUGCAGUGUAAUGUGUUUAUUCUAAACUGAAUCAUUUGUUUCAUCUGAAGAUUAACAAUGUCAGGCAGUUUUUAUUUUGUUAUGGUGGGUCAUCAUGAUAAUCCAGUGUUCGAGAUGGAGUUUCUCCCUUCUGGAAAGGCAGAAUCAAAGGAUGACCACCGACACCUGAAUCAGUUCAUCGCUCAUGCUGCUCUUGAUCUAGUAGAUGAAAACAUGUGGUUGUCCAAUAACAUGUACCUGAAGACUGUGGACAAGUUCAAUGAAUGGUUUGUAUCCGCCUUUGUCACUGCUGGUCAUAUGAGAUUUAUUAUGCUGCAUGAUGUUCGACAAGAGGACGGAAUCAAGAACUUCUUCAACGAUGUGUAUGACCUGUACAUCAAGUUUGCGAUGAAUCCCUUCUAUGAAACCAACGCUCCGAUCCGCUCCACGGCCUUCGAAAGGAAGAUUCAGUUUCUUGGGAAGAAGCAUCUCCUUAGUUGAAUUGUUUUCUUCUAUUAUCAUGCAUACAUUUGUGUUCUUUCAUAAUAAAC